AUGCCUCCAGUUCUAUACCUUGGAGUCAACGCCACCAACACCGACAUUCCCAAGGCUUCAACGCAUGCUCGUACAUGUACUCGUAUUGACAGUAGAAUUGACACCAGCUCGGUUAAGCCUAGGGUCAAGCGUCGCAUCAAUGCUGCACAGUACAAGGACGAACAGCCGUCUUUCAUCAGUCACCGCUUUGUUCCCCCCCGCGCAAGCCUGGAUGCAUGCGCUGAGAGGCUUUGUGGAUACAACGGUUGGGUGGACAAGAUGCGUGCCGAAUCAGCGCCAGAACGGUGGCUCCCAAAGCAUCAACGGGACAGGAGCAUUUUUUGCUGGGCCCCGUUCUCCUCUCCUGUGUGUGUGCCUUGCGGCAGUGGCCAAAAGUUUAUGAUCGCCUGCAUUUGUGCCCCAGGCCGGAUAAUGCAUGCAGAGCAGCGUCCCAAUGGGAGCUCGCCCUGCGAUACAACGGCUCCGGUGUUGUGGGCUCGAGUGUGCGUUGUUAUUCCUUUGGCGAUGCGAGUGAUGAUGGGACGGCUGUUUCUGGCUUCCCAACGAAUUGCGGACCUCGUCGCUGCCAUGCACUCACUCACAUCAUCGCAGCCUGCUUUUACGAGCCCCCCUUCAUCAGAUCUCCUGAUUCUACGCGGACGUACACACUGGUACGGGUACGGGCACGGGCACGGAGCACACAUGCGGCGUCGUACCAGGCUUGCUUCCCGUGUUGCCGCAGUAUGCGCCAUCGAGGCUGGAUGUACGAGUAUGUACAAUACUCCGUCGGGGCAGAAGGCAUUGCUGCUUGUCAACUGCGUGGCAGAGCCGUCCCGGUGUCUACAAGUAGGUACGCCAUCGUUGAACUCAAGUACCAUUGUGGCGCCGGCCGACACUAGCAUAAUUCGAAACGAAAGAAAGCAAACCAUGUUGCGGCCGGAUCGGCACGCACGAAAGCACCUGUAUUUGCGCAAUGGGAGUUUGGAGCACACGCCAACGUAUCAACAAGGGCCUGCCACGGUCUUGAUCUGGGAGAUGCUUCCAGACGAUCCAAUCCAGGGAGGCUUGCGCCAGGCGCACCAGCUCAACAACAAGCGACUCGGCACCAGAGAGCCGCAGCACGCGAGUCUCAUACGGCGGUCGCGCGCGAUUGCUGCAUCGAAAGGCCAUCACCACCGCCGCACUCUGUCGCAAUUCAUCGCGCCCGGCUUUGAUAUCAUCGAUUUCCAAGCGCAAAUUGCUCGCAUGGGGUUUGCGGCGACAAACAACGAAGCGGCCUGGCCGGAAGGACUAUCGCCUAUUAGUAGCUCAGUAGCUUACACUUUAACUGCCGAGCUUACAACACGGGGCGUCGCAAGAGCCAGAUCGAAGCACCGACCGCAUUGCUUCAAAGACAUGUCUCAAUCGCGCCUCGAACCAAAGCGCGAGCGCCCUUUUCGUCCCUCGUCGUCUUCGAACUGUCUUCCCUUGCCUGAGGCAUGUUCAUGUUUCAACCCGUCCAGAGUGGGGGGGAGUCGAAAGUCGAAAGGGCACUUUAAAGUGGUAGCGUCUCGUCACGUGAACGCGUGUUAUACUGGCGCAAUUUCCGAUGGCAGCCCUAACGCGUCCGAGACGCCCAAAUGCGCCGGCCGCAAUUUCACCGCUGCGGCAGGCCAUCGCCGCCCGCGGGUGCUGCUGCAUCUGCGCAAAAGUGAAACUCUGAGGAUUUUCGUCAUCUCAAGUGAGACGCGACGAGAUCGUCCGGCCGCCGCAACCGGACUAGCGGCCCGGCGGCAAAUGACGCGACAUGUUCGCAUGAUGGCCCGUGCGCGCAUGCCGACCCCCAACGCCGCGAGGCCCGAAAGCGAGGCGCAGACGGCCUCUCCCACAAUGGACGCACGGCCCUUUAGACCGCGCGGCAGCGAGAACAUGCAGCAACUUCUUCACCAGCGCCACAAAUCAGCAGGAGCUGUCGGCACCGCUCUGGCAGUCCCCGUGGCUGGAUUCAAAGGCCCCGCUAAACGUGCUGCCUUUGGUGAUGUGACAAACGUGUCCAAGUCUCUGGGAGGACGUGGUGACGAGGCCAAGGGUAUCAAAAAGGCUGCCAUGGUGGCCACGAAUCACGCGUCCGCAUCCUUUCUGAAUAAGGAAAACGCGGUAAAGACUAGCAAAGAUUCCCUCUCCCGACCUGCACAGCGACCCGCAGCUCUGGCAGGCAGCAAAUCCAAGGUCACGACGACGGAAGCUCGUGCGGAGCCUCUGCAGAGGAAGCCCGCAAACAUUCCCGCAAAGGAGCCUGCUUAUAAACACGACAUCGAUAUUCCCCAGCUACACGGCAACAAGACCAAGAGUAAUGGCGUCACGACGCAGAAGAAGAGCUCCUCCGUUCAGGCUGCCCCCGAGGCGCAUUCGAAGCAACCUCGUCAUCACAAGAGCCAGCCGCAACUCAAACAGCAACAACCAACCCUGCGGAGAACCCAGAGCAAGGUCGAGAAGGUCGAGAAGAAGGUCGAACGCGCUCCCAUUAGGCCAAAUCUUGUUGAAAUCGACAUCGAACCUCUGGUAAUGCCCGCCUUGAUUGAAGAUUUCUUGGCCAGCGACGAUUCCUAUCUAGACUCGCUCAAUUGCCCACCCAAGGAGGCCCCACGUGCAGACGUGAAUCACGACGACAGCCAUGUUGAGGUGUUGGCCAAGCUCCCGAAUAUCUCCGAGGAACCCGCCAUUAAUAUCGAAACUUACAAAGAGGGCCUCACUCUCGCACUCUCCGAAGCCGAAGAGUACUGGGACGAAGAGGAUGAGGACUAUGAUGAUCAAGAUCAGGGUUACACGACGGCUCAUUCGACUCGAUCCCGCGACAUGACGUUAGGAAACGCCACGACCAUUCUCGCCCCACGAGUAACCAGCCGUGUGCAGCGGGAACUAGACGAAGCUAGAAUCGAGGUCGAACAGACCAUCACCCCGGAAGAGAUUGACGAGGAGAUGUGGGAUGUCAGCAUGGUUGCUGAGUACGGCGAAGAGAUUUUUGAGUAUUUGAGAGAAAUGGAGACGAAGAUGCUCCCUAAUCCCCAUUAUAUGGAAAUGCAAACAGAGAUCCAGUGGUCCAUGCGGACUGUCCUUAUGGACUGGCUGGUGCAAGUGCAUCACCGCUUCAAUCUCUUGCCAGAGACACUUUUCCUUACCGUCAACUACAUUGACCGGUUCCUUUCCUGCAAGAUUGUUUCUAUCGGAAAGCUGCAGCUGGUGGGGGCCACGGCCAUCUUGGUUGCGUCCAAGUACGAAGAAAUCAACUGCCCGUCAUUAGACGAGAUAGUCUACAUGGUGGAUAGCGGUUACACAACGGAGGAUAUCCUAAAGGCCGAGCGCUUCAUGCUCAGCAUGCUCGGGUUUGAGCUGGGAUGGCCGGGCCCCAUGAGCUUCUUGCGACGAGUCAGCAAGGCCGACGAUUAUGAUCUCGAUACCCGAACUCUGGCUAAAUACUUCUUGGAGCUCACGAUUAUGGAUGAGCGCUUUGUGGCCUCACCCCCGAGCUUUCUUGCUGCCGGUGCGCACUGCCUCUCUAGGCUCAUCUUGAACAAGGGCGAAUGGACCAAGCGCCACGUUCACUACUCAGGGUAUACAUGGAGCCAGCUCAAAUCGCUGGUGACCAUGAUGAUUGAGUGCUGUGAAAACCCCGUCAAGCAUCACGGAGCCGUAUUUGAGAAAUAUCGAGAGAAGCGAUUCAAAGAGGCGUCUGUUCAAGUCCAGAACGCCCUCGACGCUGGAUUCACGCUCCCGCAUCACUCGACACCUGUUCGUCGCCUGCAACCAGCCCGCAUCCCAAGUGCUACCGAACUGCAGUAUGGGAGCCUUCUCAUCGACAUAAAAGGGUGA